AUGCGCUGGAAAAUGCCUUUUCACAGAUUAGACGAAAGUUGGGGUGCAAAGCCUACUGCUUUGCAAGCCAAGAGAGCACUGAAAUUAGUGUGCCUAUCACAGUUCAUUUCAGAUAUCAAUAAUCCAAAUUAUUGUUCUGAAAGUGACCACAGCCUCUUUGAUGCUUCUGAAUUAGAGGUUGCUAUCAGAAAGGAGGUCUUGCAUCCUAUCUCCAAUUCUGUAGUGCCAUCUACCUCUUCUGCAGUGGCAGUGAAACGUCGCUUGCCCCCAGCUGUGGAAGAAAAUGAUAUACAUUACAUCGCAGGAGCCAUAUAUAAUAAGUUGUUGAAAAAAAAAAGCAUAUGUGAAAAUUGUAAAACAGCUAUGACCAUUUCAGAGGACAUGCUGGAACCUGACAUACCCGAGCAUCGCACAAUUCUUACAAAACAUAGCAAUAAAGGUGGACUGAAGGUCAUCUCUUCAGGAAUGUAUCGAAUAUGUAGGGAAGCUGAACGAGAAUUUCAAAAAUGUAAAGAUGUACUCCUUCGUUUACAAUCAGCCAUCACAAAAGAAUUAGUUGAAAGAAUAAUUGAUAAAUGUACGCAUGUGGCCAUGCCAGAAUGCUGUAAUCUUAAGAAAGUAAUUAUUGAUAAUUUUUUUUAUUACUAGAUGCAAAGGCCUUACACAGCAUCUUAUCAACAAAAGAGCCCAUAACGUUUCAUAUUCAUCAGCAUCGGCCAAUAAGAAACAAAAAGUAAAAUAAUUUUAGAAGGCACUUGUGGAUCAUGUCAGACAACAUGCAAUAGA